GCAAAACCGCUCGGCACAUUUCGGGGGAAGAGAAUCUAUUGCAUUCUACCGUAAUUGUUAACACCAGCUGGCAAGGAAACAGCGCUGCAGAAUCGCUCAGAAUCUGCCGUCUGUCCGGUUUAAGUCGCGUAGACGGAAUUACUGGGAUCGAUGUUGACAGUGUAUUCGAAAGCACUUCAAUGUGAAUUGAUGCGACACUGAUUCCUUUAAUACGGCAGACACCGUACGUACGCACGCAGCUUAAAGAGGCCCGUUUUAAUAUUAUACAGCCAGCAACUUUGAUUGUAAGUAAGCUCGUUCUUACAAAGCUUACCUUUGCUUAAAUUGCUGUGUUGAAGUCUUACGGACCGCUAUCUUAUUUUUCCAAAUCAUUGAAUAACUUGUAAUUUCACCCUUUUGCUUGGCAGGUAGUCAUGAAUUCUUCAAACGUUAGUGGAGCCAAAUGUUUGUUCGAGAACGCCAGUUAUACGUCAACAGUUUUGGUUAUUACUGGCUUCGCCGUGGUUCUGUUUUUUUCUCUAAUUGGUAAUUCUUUAUUGGUAAGAGUGGUGCUAUUCGACAAAGAAUCAAGAAAGAAAUUUCCUUUCAAUUAUCUCAUACUCAACAUGGCGAUAGCGGACAUUCUCAAUGCCUCGUCAGCGGCGCUUGUGUUUAUCUCUUUCCUCACGGUCGGUCGACAUUGGUUGUCUGGUACCUUUGGGUUGAUAACUUGCAAGCUAUCAUACUUUUCAGUGCCUUUCUCGGUAGCAGCGUCUAUAUUGACCGUUGUCACGAUGGGAUUAGAUCGCUUCAUGGCAGCGCACGCGACCAUAAGGCCGCUCACACUAAAAGGAAUUAGAUGCGCUAUUGUGGUGAUUUGGCUUUUGGCCGGACUAUCGGCCUCACCGUAUUUGUACAAAAUGACAACAGAGGAAAAGUCAGACGGAAAAUGCUAUUGCAAUGGAGAAUGGCACGAAGACGAUAAAAAGCACUUUCAGUACAUGAAAAUUGAGGAAACAAUAAAGUUUGUAGUCCUCUAUGUGCUUCCACUUACAGCCAUGGUGUUUUUCUAUGCCAUCAUCGCAUGCAAAAUCCGCGAACGGAGCAAUCUUCCCGUAGGAAACGACAGAAGAUACAAAAUCAUGCAGAUGAAUCAACGCGUCGUACGCAUGAUCACGGCUAUAGUUGUAAUAUUCGCUGUGUGUUGGUUGCCCGUACAUGUCAAUCAUUUGCUGCGAUCAUUUGCGUUUUCUACAUAUUGCAAAUUACCCGCCAUCCUUAUUCUUUCGUUUUUUUGGCUGGGUCAUGCAAACUGUGCAAUAAACCCGUGGAUUUGGUUUAUGUUCAGUGGUCAUUUCCGUGGGUUACUCAAACAAGUAACAAAAGCCAGUUCUGGGAAGAUACAAAGUGAUCACGUGCCUCUUAGCCCAAAACAGACAUCAUGA